AUGGCGACUAUGGAUAGCUGUGGUCAUUUGCUUCAUGUCUUUGGUACCCUUAUUAAAUUUGUAGGGAAGGUCAUAACUGCUGAAGCACUAGCAAUUGAGAAAGCUGUGGAAAGAGCACUUUUAAAAGAUGAAAGCAUUCAUCAAGGUGGAGGUGAAACAUUUUCAAGUAUAGGGUUCAGGAGUUGGCACAAAAAGAAAAGAUUAGAUACGCAUAUUGGUAAGUCAAACAGUGUUCACAAUCAGGCAAAGAAGAAGUGUGAAGAUCUAAUGCGACAAGAACAAUCAAUUCAAGCCGCAUUUGUUAAGCUAUCAAAUCAAACCAAGCUUGAGCACAAAAUUCGCUUAAAGGCUUCAAUUGAAGUGGCGAGACUUCUCUUGAAUCAAGGAUUGGCAUUUCGUGGACAUCGUGAAGAUGAAUCAUCGCUAAACAAAGGUAACUUUCUUGAAAUUCUUUCAUGGUAUGCGAAGCGGUGUGAUAAAAUUGGUGAACUUGUGUUGAAAAAGGCUCCAAAAAAUGACCAGAUGACUUCUCAUAAAAUUCAAAAAGAUAUAGUCACUGCAUGUAAGCUUGAAACAAUUAAAGCUAUUAUGGAGGAUCUAAACGGUGACUAUUUUUCAUUGUUAGUUGAUGAAUCUUGUGAUAUAUCACGUAAGGAGCAAAUGGCAAUUGUUUUGCGUUAUGUUGAUAGAAAGGGGUCUGUGGUGGAACGGUUCAUAGGAAUUAUUCAUGUUCAUGAUACUAGUGCUUUAUGUUUGAAAGAAGCUAUUGUUAACUAUCUUGCGCAACAUUCUUUGAGUUUAUCUUUUAUACGAGGGCAAUGCUAUGAUGGAGCUAGCAAUAUGCAAGGGCGUUUAAGUGGCCUUAAAGUUUUGAUUCAACAAGAAAGUAAAUCAGCUCAUGCAAUUCAUUGUUUUGCUCACCAACUUCAGUUAACUCUUGUUGGGGUAUCUAAAAAAUGCCUUCAAGUUGGAGAACUUGUAUUGUUGGUUUCUAAUGAUUUAAAUGUAGUGGGAGGUUCUUUUAAACGUAUGGAUGAACUUCGAGAAUCUCAAGCAAAAAAGUUCAAGUGGCACUUGAUAUGGGUGAGGUUGAAAGUGGUAAGGGAUUGA